AUUGGACAGUUUUUUCUUCUUACUGGGACAGUCUUUAUAGUAUUUAUAUUCCCCUUAGUCAGACACCCCCUCCUCAUAGGGCUAAUUAUCCUUAUUAUUACUUUUAUAAUCGCUGCAACAUUAGGGCUUGGGGGGCUAAGAUCUUGACUCUCUUACGUCUUAGUAUUAAUUUUGUUGGGGGGGUUACUUGUUAUUUUUAUUUACAUCUCACUCCUUGCUUCCAAUGAAAAUCAGACACCCCAAAGUAAUAAAAUUAAAAUAUUUUUUUUAAGUACCACAUCAAUUUUAGCGGGCUCUCUUGUAAUUUCUUCCAGACUAAAAGUAUUUGACUCUAAAACCAAUGCCCUUUUAAAAAUAACCCACUACAACAAUGAAAGUACAGACUGAUUAAAUUUACUGUACUCCGAACAAUUAGGCGGAAUGACUAUUUUCCUUGUCCUUUACCUCUUACUCACUCUUAUUGUAGUAGUGGCUAUCAGCAAGAACGAUUCCUCUUCUCUGCGAGCCCUUUAA